AUGGAAAAUAAAACUAGAAAUAACUCUACUCGUAAAUUAGUGAACAUCAGCAACCCAACCAUUCAUAUAUCUUAUAAACCUCAAACAUAUACCCCGAAACAAGCUGCUUUAGCAAUGAUGGAUAAAAAACAUAUAAUGAUCUUGACAGGAGAAGAUUUUACUGCUGAUAGUGGCCUUCCUUCAUUAAGAUCUUAUAAUCGACACAAGGUAUGUGUAAAUGGAGAGUAUCUAGACGUUGAAAAAGUAAUGAAAAUGCAGUACUUCACUGAUUACACAGAAAUCUGCUGGAGAUUUCUCCAAGAAUAUAUAACUAUACAUGAAAAAUGCCAUCCAAACAAAGCUCAUCAUAAAUUUGAAAACUAUGAUAGAAAAAUAUCGGAGCUAAAUCCUUUCACUUCUUAAGUGUAUGAAAUUCAUGGAAAUAUCAAGUAUAUGCAUUGUACUAAUGAAGAUAAAGAUUGUUGUAUGAACUUCAUAAGAACUCCAUCCUCAACAGAAUUCGAAAGUGAAGAUAAAAGACUUGUUUAGAAAUGCAAAUACUGUGAUUCACUAAUGCGUCCACAUCUCUUGUUCCUAGAUGAAAAAUACAAUUAGAAGUAUUACAAGGCCAAGAAUGCAUAUGAAUUUAUGAGAGAUAAGAUGGAUUGUUUGAUUUUAGUUGGAUGCACAGAUUUAAAGGGCUUUCCUAAAUGA